GAAAAGCCUAUAAGACCGAAAUUGUUUCCUAUAAGAAGAAUCCGCGGGAAAUGUCGACUUUAGCAGCUUUAAAUCCUUCAACAAUUCGGUUGUUAGGGGGCACCCAAGUGAUCACUUCAGUAUUUAGUGUUGUAAAAGAGUUGAUAGAAAAUGCACUAGAUGCUGGUGCAUCAACAAUUGAUAUUAGACUGGAAAAUUAUGGAUUGGAUAAAGUUGAAGUGAGGGAUAAUGGAAUUGGUAUACCCAACCAGAAUGUCCCGUUUGUUGCAAAGAGAUACCAUACAUCAAAAAUAGAAUCUUUCAGUGACAUUCAACAUUUAGAAACAUAUGGGUUCAGAGGAGAGGCUUUGGGUUCAUUGUGUACAGUAUCAACAUUGUCGAUUACAACCAAGACUGGUGAAGAUGAGGUCAGUUUAUCAUAUGCCUUCAACAAUCAGGGGCAGAUAAUAUCGUCACAUCCUUCUCAUUUAACACAAGGAACGACAGUAACAGCUACUGGUCUCUUCAAAAACAUUCCAGUGAGGAGACAGUUCUAUAAUACAAAUAAGAAGAAGAAAGAAGAAAUUAAAAGAAUUGAAGAUUUGCUCAUAGCUUUCAGUAUAAUACUUCCUAAAGUGCGCUUCACUUUGAACCAUGACAAGGAAAGAGUAUUUCAAAAAAAUGGAUGCCCUGAUGUACGAACAGCAAUGCUUAGCAUUCUAGGAAGAAAUGUUCUGAAUUGCUUAGUUCAAAAGACAGUACAGUUAGAAGACUCAAAGAUAACAAUAGACCUGUUUUUACCUAAUCCAGCUAGUGAUGUAUUGACUACGAGUAAGUCUGAUAACUCCAGAUGUAUUUGUGCUAUCAAUAGGAGACCAGUUAAUUUGAAAGAUAUGGAAAAGCUGAUUAGGCAGCACUAUGUUUCACACAAGAAGACAGAUGGCCACCGUCAUCCUAUUUACUUCUUAUCUGUUACCCUGGCAACUGAUCAGAUUGAUGUUAAUGUUGAUCCUAACAAGACAAUAGUCCUACUUCACCAAAAGGCAGAAAUAACAAAAGGGUUGAUAUCUGUAUUGGAAGAACUAUAUGGUAGCAUUUCUAAAUCUAAUGAUGACACAGUAACAAACCAUGACAAUUCUUAUACUGACAGUAAUAAAGGAGAUAUGUCAUCAGAUUUUGAUGAUUCAGUUGUUGUUAUUCCGGUUUUUAGUAAACAACCAAAUAUUCCUGUUGUCAAAAUUUCCACAAAUAAUAAGAAUAUCGUAAUAACAAAACAUAACAAACCAGAACCCAUUGCUGAGAAACUUGACCAAGGGAUAGAAGAUUUUGUAUCAAACAAAAUUUAUAAUGGUGAUUUAGAAAAAGAGGAAAAUAUUUCAUUAACUCAAUUAGGCAAACCAGUUUUCCAGGUAGUUGAGGAGUUUUUAGACGACUGGAUUAAUGAAAAGAAUGACAAUGUCAAUUUAACUAAAUCAAGACAAAUUGAAAAAGAUGUAGCCGACAAUGAAAAUAUACAAAACAAUAUUAUUCAGAAUAUUGAGAAAGGGCAGGACCCUUGUACCUCAGAUAAAAAUAUAGAUAAUUUAAGUGUCAAUCAGAUUUCCAGUAACAUUCACUUUGAGUCUAAUCCUAAGCUAUGUGAUAUAUAUAGUGAUAUAGUAUCAACAUGGAAAGAUUCCCCUUCAGAAGAUGGACCAGAAAUACAAGUUGAACUUCCUGAAGCCCAAAGUGAAUCUACAUGCUUAUUGGAGAACCAAAACUGUUGUCAAAAGGGUCAGAAUGAAGGCAUAGAAGUUGAUGUUGUUUCUAAUGAAAUUAAUGAUGAAAAAGUUUGUCAAACAAAAGGAAACGAAGCAGUAUUAGGUAGUGCUGACAUGUCUAGUAGAGAAAAGUCAUUAACCAAUGAGAAAUCAGGUAGUGCUGACAUGUCUAGUAGAGAAAAGUCAUUAACCAAUGAGACAUCAGCUCGUGCUGACAUGUGGGGUCGUGGAAAGUCAUUAACCAAUGAGAAAUCAGAUAAUGCUGACAUGUGGAGUAGUGGAAAGUCAUUAACCAAUGAUAUAACAGAUAGUGCUGACAUGUGGGGUCGUGGAAAGUCAUUAACCAAUGAUAUAACAGACAGUGCUGACAUGUGGGGUCGUGGAAAGUCAUUAACCAAUGAUAUAACAGACAGUGCUGACAUGUGGGGUCGUGGAAAGUCAUUAACCAAUGAGACGUCAGGUAGUGCUGACAUGUGGAGUAGAGGAAAAUCAUUAACAAAUGAUACAACAGACAUUCAGCCAGUUACCAUAUUACAAGGUAAAAGAUUGAUGUCUUUGUCAGUUUGUGAUGAGGGUCCUCCAUUGAAGAAAAGACUAGUGAUACCACAGGAGGAAGGGCAAAGAAGAUUAUCAGACAUAGUAUCCAGUCAGCCUGUUAAGCAUCCCCAGACAGCAUUCAUACUGUAUUGUAAAGACCACAGAAGUCGAGUCAUUGCUGAGAAUCCUUUGGCAGAUUAUGACAAGGUUACCAGAAUACUGGAAAACAGAUGGGAAGAUUUAACUGAUGAAGACAAGGAUAAAUACUUCCAAAAAACAUCACCUGUUAAAACAAAGAUUAAAAAAACCAGUAUUGGAUCUGAGAAGAAGGAAAGAAAACUUUGUAGUAAAAUGAAGCAACAAAAUAAGUCAUCAAAGUCAUGGACAACUAUAAAGGACCAGUUAAUGAAACAGAAGAUAUCAUCAGCUUUACAGAAAACAAAGAAUGUUUUAUUUAGUCUACCGGAUCUCAAGACAGUCUUCUCACAGAAAAUGUUUGCAAGCCAGUCACAGAAUUCAUCACAUAUUAAUCUGAUUGGACCCUUGAAGACUUGUGGUGUCUGGAUUGGUUGCCAUAGCAAUUGUCUCAAGGUCAUCAAUCCACAUCGUAUACAGGAGACAGUCCUGUAUCACAAUUUGAUGGCAAACCAUGUCGUACAGAGUGAAAAAUUAGAAGCACCAAUGCAGCUAACUAAAAGUAAUUUAGGAGAUACAUUAUGGACAACUUUAACAUCACUUGCAGAUCAGAUGUGUAGCAGUGGUAUAUAUAAUGUUAUACAGGAUAAACGCUUAACAGCAAAUGGCAUUGUAGUCACUUUCCACAAAGAGUUGGGAGAGUUUACAGCUAAGAUAACAGAACUGUGUAGAUGCAUUCCAGUGUAUGGUUUAGCUGACCUGAAAGAAGUAUUACAGCUUAUAUCUACAACAAAAGCAAUCACUGUUGCUGAAGCAAGACCUCUCAAAGUGCUUAACUACUUACAGGGAGAAGCUGUUCGAAUGGCAAGACAAUUACCACGACAACAAUCCAGAGAAGAUAUGAUUGAUAUACUUAUUCAGAAAGAGACUAUGUUACCAUUCAAAUGUGAAAACUGUUUGCAUAACAAACCAUUUUAUCAUGCUGUGUAUUCACUAGAUGAUAUACCUCUGUCACAAUCUCAGGCACAAUAAAAUUUUAAUCUCUA